AUGGCACACCGCCAAGAACCAGCGCCCAUCCAAGAAAACGAUCCAUCUGAGAUCGAUCCUAUAUGGACGUCAAGCCGUACUGCACGUCAGAUUUACGCCUUGGGUGAAGUCGAAAAAACGGAUGAGCCCGAGGACUCCCUUCCUCAGGGAGAAGAGCGAUCAGAACAAUUCGUUCUAGAAGUGAGCGAGUACUUUGAACGGUUAGACUCAAUUCAAGUAGCUAUUCGUUCUUCACUGGCUCAUAUCCGCCAGUCACGAAUUGCACCUUCCGCGAUCACAGCCCCCUCUCUCGGAUUUGUUCCCCCUUCACUCGGUGUCGGUCUUCCAAGAGCUGCCGGGUCCAGUCGAGGCCUGCAAGAAGAGCGCAUCGAUCGAGAUGCAUGGGUGGGCAUCCUCGACGCCCUUACACGCCUCAGGGCAUCACAACAGCACGAACAACUAGUACAAACUUCCUCAUACGACGCGAUGAAUACAUGA